UCGGGGGCUGGUGGUGCGGAGCGGCCCCCCGGGGCCCGGGAGUCGCCCCGCCGACCCCUGGGUCCCGCGGCCGAGGCCGCCUGUGUGGGCUGGGGACGUCGGGGACGGUUCUGCGGCCCCCCCGCCCCCCGCCCCCAGCUCACUUUCAAAACCACCCCCGGAGGUGGGGCUCGGGAGUCGGGCGACCCCCUGGGCCGCAGAGCCGAGUCGGGGCGCGGAGCCGGCAGUGUCCCCCACACCCCCCGAGUGUCCGUGAAGUUGGCGGCCGGGGGCUGCCGGCCUGUGUGCGGGGGGCCAGGGGCGGGGCGCUCACAGCCCGCCGCCACGGUCGCGGUUGCAGUGCGGACGUAGAGGGUGAUUUUGAAAAGGCUUAAAGGCUCUAUUGCUGAAAAUGUUUAAUAAUAAACAGGAUGUCGCUGCUCAGGGCCUGCCAGAUGGUUUUAUUUUUUUAUUUUUUUAUUUUUUCAUUUUUUCCCCCUACCUUUCCCCCCUUUUCUGAGUAAGCAACAGCGCUGCUGAAAUCGUGGGCCUCGGAAGAGUGGAUUUCGCCGACAUAGCGUUGGAAGGCAGAUCGGGGGCGGUGCCUAGAAAAAUUUCCUUACUAGAUGACAUUUCAUCGCAAUGUCCGAUCGUUUGGGGCAAAUAACCAAGGGCAAGGAUGGGAAAAGCAAGUAUUCGACUCUCAGCCUGUUUGAUAAGUAUAAAGGAAAAUCAGUAGACGCGAUCAGAUCCUCAGUUAUUCCUCGACAUGGCUUACAGAGUCUCGGGAAAGUUGCCACAGCCCGGCGCAUGCCACCGCCUGCAAACCUGCCAAGCCUGAAGUCUGAAAACAAAGGAAACGACCCCAACAUCGUUAUAGUGCCCAAGGACGGGACGGGAUGGGCAAACAAGCAGGACCAGCAAGACCCAAAGAGUUCCAGUGCGACGGCCUCUCAGCCGCCGGAGUUGCUGCCGCAGCCGGGUUUGCAGAAAUCUGUCUCCAAUUUACAGAAGCCGACACAGCCAAUCAGUCAGGAGAACACAAAUUCAGUGCCAGGUGGACCAAAGUCAUGGGCACAGCUGAAUGGAAAGCCAGCAGGACACGAAGGUGGUUUAAGGGCCUCAAGCCGACUCUUAUCCUUCUCUCCCGAGGAAUUUCCGACGCUGAAAGCAGCUGGAGGGCAGGACAAGGCUGGCAAAGAAAAGGGCGUCUUAGAUCUGUCGUAUGGGCCAGGACCAAGCCUCCGCCCUCAGAAUGUGACAAGCUGGAGGGAGGGCGGUGGGCGAAACAUAAUUUCUGCCACGUCUCUGAGCGCCUCCCCAACUGAGCUGGGCAGCAGGAACUCGAGUGCGGGAGACGGAGCCCCCUCCUCGGCAGGCGCCAGCGAUUCUAAGGACCCCUCUCUCCGCCCGGCUCAGCCUGCUCGCAGAGGGGCUUCACAGUUUGUGGGGAACGCAUACCACCCACCUACAUACCAUGACAUGCUUCCUGCUUUUAUGUGUUCGCCACAGUCCUCAGAGAACCAGGGAACAGCGGAACGAGGAUCUUUCCCCCUCCCCCAGCUCCGCCUAGAGCCCCGUGUCCCUUUUAGGCAGUUCCAGAUGAACGACCAGGACGGAAAAGAGAACAGGCUGGGAAUGACUCGCCCGCCCCGCCCCCUGAGGCAGCUGGUGGAGCGUGCUCCGCGGCCCACCAUCAUCACGGCGGAGAACCUCAAGGGCCUCGACGACCUGGACACCGACGCCGACGACGGCUGGGCAGGCCUCCAUGAGGAAGUAGACUAUUCUGAGAAGUUGAAGUUCAGUGAUGACGAAGAGGAGGAAGACGUGAAGGAUGGCAGGCCGCAGUGGAGCGGCUGGGACCCCAGGGGCCAGCGGCAGUUGUCCCUGAGCUCUGCAGACAGUGCCGAUGCCAAGCGUGCCCAAGAGGAAGGAAAGGACUGGGGCGAAACGGCGGGCAUGACCCGGGCCAUCCGGAAGGCGCCGGAACCUCAGCCGCCUUCCAGGAAGCCUCACAGCUGGACGUCAGGCCCUGACUACCAGAAGUCCUCCGCGGUCAGCGUGUUCCGGCAGCAGUCGGUCGAGGACAAAGAGGACAAGCCGCCCCCGCGGCAGAAGUUCAUCCAGUCCGAGAUGUCCGAGGCUGUGGAGCGCGCCCGGAGGCGCCGGGAGGAGGAGGAGCGCCGGGCCCGGGAGGAGAGGCUGGCUGCCUGCGCCGCCAAGCUCAAACAGCUGGACCAGAAGUGCAAGCAGGCUCAGAAGGCCAGCGAGGCCCAGAAGCAGGUGGAGAAGGAAGUGCCCCGGUCUCCGGGCACCGAGAAGGUGUCCCCGCAGGAGAACGGCCCUGUCGCCCGCAAAGGCUCCCCCGAGUUCUCUGCCCAGGAAGCCCCCAGCUCGUUUCCAGAAGAAGCGCCCGCAGCUGCUGCAGCUGUGGCUCAGAACGGCAGCAGUGAGGAGGGGGCCCGGGAGGCUGGGUCCCCUGCACAGGAGUUCAGCAAGUACCAGAAGUCGCUUCCUCCCCGGUUCCAGCGCCAGCAGCAGCAGCAGCAGCAGCAGCAGCAGCAGCAACAACAACAACAGGAGCAGAUGUACAAGAUGCAGCACUGGCCGCAGGUGUACCCCCCGCCCUCCCACCCGCAGCGCACCUUCUACGCGCACCACCCCCAGAUGCUGGGCUUCGAUCCCAGGUGGAUGAUGAUGCCUUCCUACAUGGACCCACGGAUCGCGCCUCCUCGGACCUCGGUGGACUUCUACCCCUCGGCCCUGCCCCCUUCGGGACUGAUGAAGCCCGUGGUGCCCCACGAGUCCCUCAGUGGGACCGGCUGUCGCUCUGAGGAUCAGAGCCGUGUGCCCCCACUGCAAGAAAGGAAGGUGACUGCCAUCGACCCGGCCCCCGUGUGGAGCCCCGAGGGCUACAUGGCAUUGCAGAGCAAGAGCUACUCGCUUCCCCACCCGAAAUCCAGCGACACGUUGGCCAUGGACGUGCACGUCAGGAAUGAAAGCUCUUUCUCUGCCCCCCCCGGAAGGUCAGGGGGCAUAAGUGCCCAGCGCGGCCUCCUUGAGGAGAGAGUGGAGGAGUACUUGAGUGCUUUUGACAAGAAGGCCCCAGCAGACUUUGACAGCUGUGUCUCUUCUCAAAGAAUAGGCCAGGAGCUUUUGUUUCCAACCCAAGAAAAUGUACACGACACAGGCGCUCCUGGGGGUCACACCCCAAACCUUAGGUGUACCCCACUGCAGCCCGACUUUGUCCCGGCUGAGAAAAAGCCAGAGUAUAGCAAUUGGGAUGUCAGCCACCAGCCCGAGGCCGCUGACGCAGCCGACAGUGUGGAGGAGACGCCCCGGGAGGAGCCGCCCUUCCCCGUCUCCUCCUGGGGGAAGGAAGGGGGCCCCCACCAACAGCCACCCCUGGAGCCCGAGUGGACCCCGGAGCCCCGGAGCUCCGGCAGCCAGCAUCAGGAGCAGACCAGCAGGACCCGGAGGUCCGGGCCCAUCAAGAAACCCGUGCUCAAAGCCCUCAAGGUGGAAGACAAAGAGAAAGAAGUGGACAAGAGUAAGCAGGAGCUGGGGGAGGAGAGUGCCCGCCUGGCCACCAAGGAGGAGGCGCCGCCCAGUCCCCAGGCCGGAAAGGACGAGGAUGAGGAGAACAGGCCCCCGCUGCCCAGCUCCACCCCCUCCGCCCUGGAGGCCCAGGGCUUGGCCCGAGCUCGUCCGGGCUGCGCGGCCAGCAAACCUGAAGAGGAGGAGAAGCCUGACAGGGCUUGGGAGCCCAGACCCUCCCGGGAGCCCAGUGACACGCCUCCGACGAAGAGGAAUAACUGGAUCUUCAUCGACGAGGAGCAAGCCUUUGGGGGCCGAGGCCAGGCCCGGAGCCGCGGCCGUGGGUUCCGAGAAUUCACUUUCCGCGGCCGGCCUGCUGGCGGCAGCAGCCCCGGCAUCUGCGGCGGGGGGGUCCUUGGGGCGAGGGGCAUCUACACCAACAGCCAGAGGAGCUGCCGCGGCCGGGGGCUGCGAGAGUUCGGUCAGCCCGAGGACUUCCCCAGGGCCAAGCCCCGGCGCCGCAUCGCCAGCGAGACCCCCAGCGAGGGCUCCGAGUACGAAGAGCUUCCCAAGCGGCGGCGGCAGCGGGGCUCGGAGAGCGGCCCCCCCGACGGCUCGGCCCUGGACAGGGAGGAGGGCGCCUUGAAGAAAGGUGACUUCCGAGACUCCUGGCGGUCCAACAAGAUGUGCUCCGAUGACCACAGCGGUCCGGAGGUGAAAAGCAGAGGCCCGAGGGCCUUCGGACGAGCCCUCCCUCCCAGGCUGAGCCACUGCAGCUACGGGCGGAGAGCCUUCGUGUCCAAGGAGUCGGCCCACUGGCAGAGCAAGGGUCCUGGCACCUGCUGGCAGGACCACGGCUCCCCCGACGCCUGCGGCUCCCGGCGACCCGCGGACAGAGACUACAUCCCAGAGGCCUACAGGCAUUCCGACUCAUCCGGUGCCCGGGCGUUGGAGGACGGCCGCGUGGAGGACAGGAGGGCCUUCUUCCAGGACGAGCACGUUGCGGAUCCCGAGAACGCGGAGAAUCGGCCCUUCAGGAGGCGGCGCCCGCCGCGCCAGGACAAACCCCCUCGAUUCAGGCGCCUCCGGCAGGAGCGUGAGUCCUUGGGCCUGUGGGGCCCUGAGGAGGAGCCCCCUCUGCUGGCCGGCCAGUGGCCAGCGCGGUCGAAGCUCUGUCCCGGGGACAAGAACGGGGCCGUGGGCCGCAGGUCCCCCGAGCUCUCCUACCAGAACUCCUCCGAUCACGCCAACGAAGAGUGGGAGACGGCCUCUGAGAGCAGCGACUUCAGCGAGCGGCGAGAGCGGCGCGAGGGCCCUGGGGCCGAGCCCAGCCCCCAGGUGGACGGCAGCCUGCCCGGGGCCGGUCUGGGGGAGAAGAAGGAGCUGGCCAAGAGGAGCUUCUCCGGUCAGAGACCGCUGGUGGACAGACAGAGCCGCAAGCUGGAGCCGGGAGGGUUUGGGGAGAAGUCUGCUAGGCCGGGUGGCGGCGACGCUUCUCCCCGUUACGAGAGCCAGCAGAACGGGACGCCGCUGAAAGCCAAAAGGUCCCCGGAUGAGGCCUUGCCGGGAGGUCUAGGCUGCCCCAGUGGGAGCGGCCACUACACCCUGGAGCGGUCCGCCCAUGCCCCCUCUGACGUCCCCGAAGCUGCCUGCGAGAAGGCGGAGAAGGAGGCCCAGCUGGCCGUGCAGAGGGCGGAUGAGCAGGGGGAAGCCAUGAAGCCAUUUGACCUGAACUAUGGAAACUCCAUCAUCGAGAACUGUGGGUCCAGCCCCGGAGAGGAGCCUGAGGUGGGCUCCAUGGUGGGCGAAGGCUUCAUCGAAGUCUUGACCAAGAAGCAGCGCCGCCUGCUGGAGGAGGAGCGGAGAAAGAAGGAGCAAGCUGUGCAGGUGCCUGUCAAAGGCCGGGGUCUCUCCUCCCGUAUUCCUCCUCGGUUUGCGAAGAAGCAGAACAACCUGUGCCUGGAGCAGGGCGACACACCUGUGCCGGGCAGCAGCCUGGGCACCGAGAUCUGGGAGAGCGGCAGCCCCGCUCUCCCUGUGCAGGCCUCGACCAGCGACUCCUGGACCAAAGCCGCCACUGCCUUCAACAGCGCCGAGCCCGGCUCCGCCGAGCAGGGUUUUAAGAGCAGCCAGGGAGACAGUGGAGUGGACUUGAGCGCUGAGUCCCGAGAGUCGUCCGCGACCUCCUCGCAGCGCAGUUCCCCGUAUGGCACCCUGAAGCCGGAGGACAUGAGCGGGUCCGGCCUGGAGCCCAAGGCUGACAGCCACAAGGAGCAAGCUCAGAAGCAGCCUGAGCCAAAGGACUCGGAGCAAGGCCCGGGGCAGAGCAAGGAGCACAGGCCCGGCCCCAUCGGCAACGAGCGCUCUCUGAAGCACAGGAAGGGCUCGGAAGCGGCCGAGCGGCUGCCGGGGGCCGCCGUCCCACCCGUGAACGGGGUGGACGUCCACGUGGACGCCGUGCUCCCAGUGCCGCCCAUCGAGUUCGGAGUCGGCCCAAAGGACUCCGAUUUCAGCCUGCCGCCAGGUUCUGCCUCUGGUCCCGCAGGGAGUCCAGUGGUCAAGCUUCAAGAUGCCUUGGCCAGUAAUGCCGGGCUGACACAGAGCAUCCCCAUCCUCCGUCGCGACCACCACAUCCCGAGGGCCAUCGGCCUCUCCCAGAUGUCCUUCCCCACUGCUGACCUCACUCUGAAGAUGGAGUCAGCGCGAAAGGCAUGGGAAAACUCGCCCAGUCUGCCAGAGCAGAGCUCCCCGGGAGGCGCUGGCUCGGGCCUCCAGCCCCCAUCCUCUGUGGGGGCCUCCAGCGGCGUCAGCUACAGCUCCUUCGGCGGAGUCUCCAUGCCGCCCAUGCCCGUGGCCUCUGUCGCCCCUUCUGCUUCUCUUCCAGGUAACCACCUGCCACCUCUCUACCUGGACGGCCAUGUGUUUGCAAGUCAGCCCCGGCUGGUUCCUCAAACGAUACCUCAGCAGCAGAGUUACCAACAGGCCGCCGCUGCCCAGCAGAUCCCGAUCUCCCUGCACACGUCUCUGCAGGCUCCGGCACAGCUGGGCCUGCGGGGCGGGCUCCCCGUCUCCCAGUCACAGGAGAUCUUCAGCUCCUUGCAGCCCUUCAGAUCUCAGGUGUACAUGCACCCCAGCCUGUCGCCUCCCAGCACCAUGAUCCUCUCUGGAGGCACAGCCUUGAAGCCUCCGUACUCGGCGUUCCCCGGCAUGCAGCCCUUGGAGAUGGUGAAGCCCCAGUCCGGCUCGCCCUACCAGCCCCUGAGCGGAAGCCAAGCCCUGGUCUACGAGAGCCAGCUCGGCCAGGCCGCCAGUCUCGGCGCCUCCCAGAUGUUGGACUCCCAGCUCCCCCAGCAGCUGACGAUGCCGCUGCCCGGCUCCCAGCUGCCCCUGCCGCGGUACGGCUCCGGGCAGCAGCCCCUGAUCCUGCCGCCGUCCAUCCAGCUGCCGCAGGGGCAGAGCCUCUCCGUCGGGGGCCCCCGCAGGCUUCUUCCGCCCGGCUCCCAGCCUUCCGUCCUUAACACCAGCAGAGAGUCCUCUCAGAUGGAGAUGAAGGGCUUCCGCUUCGCCGACAGUAAACAGAAUGUCCCUCCCGGAGGCGCUGUGCCCUCAGCCCAGACCUACAGGCCUAGCUCUGCUAGCCCCAGUGGGAAGCCCUCUGGAUCGGCAGUUAACAUGGGCUCUGUGCAGGGACACUGCGCUCACCAGGCAAAACCACGAGUGGACGAGAAACCCAGCCUGGGCGCCGUGAAGCUGCAGGAGGCCCCCUUGGCCGCCUCCCAGAUGAAGCGAACCGGAGCCAUCAAGCCUCGGGCGGUGAAAGUGGAGGAGAGCAAGGCCUGAGGUGCUUGGCCACGCCUCGCCCCGAGGACAGCGCCGCCACCGGCCUCCCAGAGCAGGACGCUCUCGAGUCGCAGCAGCCUCGCCGCCCAGCCCCUGGCCCAGUGGAGACGUGUCCCUUCUCCUCUGCGCUCCUGAGAGCUCUGGCGUCCACCCAGCUUGCACCGUGGCUACGUGGCGUGGCGUUGACCUGCUUGCUUUAAUACAUACCAACAGCAAACGGUCCCCUUCCCGCCUCCUUCCCUCCACAGCCGUGCCCACUCGCGCCUCGGCUGUGCAGAGCCGCCCACCUCGGGCCUGCUCCUGGCCGGCGCUUCUGCUCAGUGCUUCCUUCCCUCCCGCCCCUCGCACGGUGGUGUGGCAGCGGGGCCUUUCGUUUGGAGGUUUUAGUUUUGAAGAGCAGUUAAGGUUUUCACAAAGGAGAAGGGAAAACAAAACACAAGCUGUUCUCGGUCGCUGAACUUUUAUUUUAUGUAAAUUCUUCGCCAGCUUCUCCCUGACCCCGCCUCGUGCUCCAGUAGCUUCUGUAAGCCCCUCCUGUUGGAGUUGAUACCUCAAGCUUCGGAGGUGGCCUGUGUGCCCCUCCUGCGCGCGCUCGGUCGGUUAACCUGCGAGGGGAUUUGGAACAGAAGCGAGGUCACGUGGGCCCCGUCCCAAACACCCUUGCGUCCAACUGUGUGCUUCGGAAGCCGUGGAUUCCAGCCCCGGCCUGGGGACCACAGGGAGCUUACAGGCAACCCGGAGAGGCUGAUGGCGUUCUCAGCAUAAGAGCUAGACAGAAUUCCUGUCCCGGACUGUGCUCACGCCCUCGGGCGUGCUGACCGCUGGCCCCGGGGAGUCACGGCAGCAUGACGUCACGGUGUUUUCCAGUUGGGCCCGACAUGCGAGCAGGCGGCACCAGGCCCCCACCCACCCACGGGCGUCUCUGCUCCCGGGGCCCUGGCCCCCGCAGGGGCUGCCCCUUCACACACCCCUCUCCGGGGAGCCUUGCGUAACGUGCCCUUCUCCACCCUCCCUCCUCCUCCUCCUCCUCAGCUGGGCGCCCCGUCCCUCUGCCUCACACGGCUCUGGGCAGGAAGCCGCGAGGUCCCCCGAGAGGCCGCGUGCUGGGGCCUGGGCGGGGCCAGUGGCCUGCGAGGCUGCUCGGGGCUUCCCGUUUCCCCCCUCAUCGCACCCAGCAGCGGAGCCGGGCUGCCUGGACGGAAGGGCCUGAGUGGGGCCGCAGGCCGGGGCAGGGUGCAGGGGGGGCCGUGCCGCAGCGCUGACCGGGGCUCCAGAACGGCCGGGGCAGCCUCCCCGGUCUGCAGGGCUGCCUCUAGCAAAAUGUUCGCACGAGCCAUUGUAUGCUGAGUUUUUGUUGUUUUCAAAGUAACUAAAAUCACCCGAGAUUCCGUCAUUCCAAGGAAAGGGAAGGGGAAAGUUCAAGUUUUGCACAUGCCCUUCCGAGGAGCUAGUUGGCCAUUUACAGAGAGGGGUUGCUGCCGCUGGUUCCAUAGAACCUGGCCUGAGGACUGGUGGUGGGUUGGUGGGGUGACCACUUUGUGUCACCACAGGCGUGUGACAGAUGCUCAGGCUGUGUCUCUAAGCUCUGCGUCCAGUGCAGACCACGGGGCACGAGACGCCUCAGGCAGUGCUGGGGAAGCUCGAAGAGUUGCUGGUUCCUGCAUUAAGGAUGUGGGGUCACAGCCUCCUUGCAGAGUCCCCGGGUGCGCCCCACACGGCAUCUGGAGAAAGGGCCAGUUUUCUUGGAAGAUGCUUUAAUACUCAGCCUGUGGCCCUCAGCACCCCCUUUCGCUGCCACCCUCAGACCUUUUUACCGGCUUCUUUUUCUUCUUCAUCCCUUGAAUCUUGCCUCUGAAGUCCCUUCUCAGAGGGCUGCCCACUUGACAGAGUGGCCUGCACUCCCCUGCCCCAGGAGCCCAUCUGCUCUGCCCCUGCCCCGCAGGUGGGCGGCUGGUGCCCGAGGCCCCACCUGCAGCCCCACUCCCGCCUGCAGGAGACAUGAGCCCCGCUGGCUGCGCUCCAGGAAACCCGGCCAGACCCCUCACACCCGGUUCCGGUGCCCACUGUUUGCCUCCAGGGAAAAAGGUUUUCUCGUUUCAAAAUUCAACAGAACAGUCCUGAAGGCUGUUAAAACUCAAGCUGUUCCUGUCAGGUGAUCCUGCCACUGGAGUGACAGUACUUCUGUUUGAGGAAAAGUGAAAACAGAGGGAUCACCUCUCCUCCAGCCCUCUUCUCCACCCCUGUAUUUUCUCUCCACCCCAAUAAAAACAGAAAACACUAGACUUUAUUUAUAUGUAUUGAUGUUGUAGGUCUAGGUGAAGAAAAAGUAAAUGUUUCACUGCUCUAUUUAUAUAUAAUGUCUGAACUGUUCUGUGCAGGAAAGGCCAGGAACUUGCAUGUGACGUUCAGUGCUGUCGCCGCCUCCGUGCGCCCAUGCGCAGCCUCUUCCCACCGAGACACAGAUCUCCAGGCGGACGAGGGGCGGAGCGGGGGCCUCGGGCCUGCCCAGCACACCGUCCCUUCCUUGGUCUGAUUAAGUGCAGUUUUUAGUGCAGAGAUGUUUUAAGGUGCAAUCUCUCUUCCUUUCGCGUGGUUUUAGAGCCAAGCUCAAGGUAGUAGGACUCUGGGUCGUCUUUUGGUUCCACACACCCCCUCUCUUCAGAGCGCAAAUCCGCACAGAGGCCUCUGCCAGGAUGUCCUGGGGCCUUUGGUGGGAACACGUGAAAAACAGAACUCGACCUUUGAUGCUGCCGAGACGGGCGGUGUCAGAGCCCGCUCACACACCUUUGCCUGCCAACGUCGCCCUCCCUUCUGAUGCUGGCCGCUUCGCCCUGGCCAUCGGCGGUGCCGCCCACUGCGCGGCGGCCGCAGUGUGUCUGGCAUCGCCUACUCGGUGGAGUGAAACCCCCGAGUGUGGGUUAGGGCUGAAGAUUUCUCUGCCGGCUCUGGUUUGGUUUCCUUCACUGUCGCUCCCCCUUUCUGUCCACAUUACUGUUUUCAAGCUUGGAAUCCGUACACUAAUGGCUCUAGGUUCCUUAAGGAGGAAAACUGAGGAUGACUCCUACACAUUCAGAAAAAUCGGUUUGUCCAAUUCCAAAGCUGUGGUCACUCCAGCCACUUCCAGGAAUAUUGGGGUAUCUUGUUCAACGUUGGCAUCCGUUCUCUCCAGCGAUGCCCUCGCCUCCUGUCUUCUGGAUUGCCUUCCGGAUGGCUGGCGCGGUUUGUGACUGACGCUCGGAGCCAAGGAGGCCGAGGGAGUGCGCGGCCGAGGUCAGAGCCGGCCUGUGGCGUGGCGGACUGGUGCAGCCCCUCCCUGCCCAUCGGUUCCCUUCACCAAGUAGCUGCACGUUGCCUUUCUCCUGCCCUUGUCCCCCUCCACCUGCAGAGCAAGCCUGGGUCAGCAGGUCUGUCGGAACGGGCCUUCGACACCCGAGGAUGCUGCCGUGUCUGUGCUUUGUCGUGUUCUGGGACGAGUGGGAGACUCGGAUUGCAGAAAGCCAGCCCUUCCUGUUUGGAACGUGAGACGGAACUGAGACAAAUGGGUCACCCAGGACGGAGAUGACUCGGUGUUGGGGUCAGACCCCUCUGUCCUCGGCCCUGUUCUCCACCCGGACCACCAGUGCGUAUCUGGCUAGUCAUCUUCCAGGCGCGCCGGCCUGCUGUCCACCGUCCUCCGCCCGGGCUGGGUGGCCUCCACCGGGGCGGCAGUGUCCCGGGGCCCUGUCCGCAGCAUGUUGCAAAGCCUCCAAGUGGACGUGUCUACCAGGCUCUGUGUGGAUGACUUUCUCCCAUUGUUUAAAGGGGACACUGUACUGUAAGCUUUUGACCUCAUGCCUUGCAUAGUAAAGAGAGUUUGGGGUUUUUUUGA